UGCAACCUAGUCCUCAGUUUCACACAGAAUUAUGUUGAAAGUCUUUCCCUUUGAUUUCCUGUAAUUCAAUAGUGGUGGGUAAAAAUAUUUGUGGGGCCACAGAGCAGCAGAAACAUUAGAAGCAUAGCUGCAGCAGGAAGUAGAGUCUUGAGUGAGUUGCCCGAAACAGAUGUAACGUUUUACCAGAGCUUCAGUCUAAGAUGCAGCGGGAAGGACUACCAUGUUGUUUCUUUUCCUGAGGGGUAAACAGGAGUGAGGUGGCUGCGGAAGACACGAGGUGUUCGAUAUUAACCUAUCUUGAUCUCAGGAUAUACAGUUUCCCAGCACAGAGCUGAGGCUGUAAUGCAGAUCAGCAGUGAAAGCUCCGUUCUUUUAAGUUGAAGCGCAGUUUUGUUUUGCAUUUAGUGUUAAAGUGUCGGGAAGGGGCUAACCUAGGGGAUUGCUCUAGUUUCAAAGGUCGUAUGUUUGGGUCAUGUCUCCAAACAGAACCGGUGACCUCCUCUGACUAAAAGCUGAGAUCAGCCUAGAGAGGAAUGUAGGUUGUCACCAGAGCUAUUUUGGCUAUGUACAGGCACUAGUGAUUGUGAUCGCAGAGCAGAGUUCGGAGCAGUUGCUUUGCUCUCCUUUUUCCCUCCCAGCAAGUUUGAUCAUGCAGCUCUCACCGGUACUGCAGGGAUUACAGAGUUAAACGGAUGGCACGUCGGCUCCGCUUGCAUUUUGCGUCAAGGAGAAGCAACACGGACCCUCUGUCAGAAAGCCUCAGCAGCCAUGGUGAGGAGAGUGGAGUCAGUGUGUCAGCUCAUAGCCCCACAGAGAGUCUGGCGCACAGUUCUGUCCACUUGAAGGUGACUCCCCUGUCACCAGACUAUGGUAGUAGUCGCUACUCUUCGGUAUUUAUACCCAGGGUUAACACUGGAGGAUGUAAUAAGAAGAGCAUACUGCAGAUCUCGCUGCAGCCCUGUGGAAAGCUCAGUGGAGAGCUGGAUGGCAGUAUAGAGGAUGGAGACCCGGUGGUUAGUGAAGGAGGAGCAGGUACUUGCUCUGACGGAGGCUCGUGUAGCAGCAGCAUGGCCAGUGAUGCCGGGUACUGUAGCAGCAACAGCAUCUUUGAACCAGAGGCUUCAGAAAAGCACAGGACCACCCAGGAGAGGAGUGUACUCUCCUGCAAGUCCAAGAUCCCACUGAGACGGUGCUCCUCCUUGGUUAUAUUUCCAAAGAGCCCCUGCAGCACCCCACCUGCUUCCCCAGUAAGUCCAGUGGCUUUGCCUGCUCUCCCACCAUUAAGGGGGUCUCUUCAGACGUCUGCCGGUGAAUACUCACAAGACGAUGAGGAGGCGACUUGCAAAGGGUCCACCACCACGGCUGUAAGUGGUCUCCGUCACCUAAAAGGAAACUGUUCAACUGAGUUCAGGGACACGAAACACAUGGUGCAAUUCAAUAUUCCUUUACAGGAUGAACCAAAAUGCAAAAUGGAGGACAGGAGUAAAGUGAUGGAACUGUCAUCGGCUCUAGACAGAUCAAAUCGUCACUCUAGCUGCGUGUUGCUGCACUUUGCCCACCAGAGACCAAUGAUAUCGGGGAGGGGAGCUACAACCACGGCUACAGUCAAUGUAGAAUACCCUGAGACUCAUUACCCAGCUCCACACCCUGAGGGUGAACACAACGAACACAAAAAACUGUAUCGUAGUACCUCUGCGUGUUUGUUUUCCUCAACCAAACCAUCAGAGAAAAACCAUAAGGUCUGUUCAGCAGAAAAAAGCCAAGAAAGGCCUGAAGAAAAUCACUGUCAUCGUGCCAUACAAAGGAGCUUUUCCUUGGAGGUGCCCUACGCUAAUACUGGAAUUUCCUGUCAUGUCUCGAACCCAAAACUCAGCAGCCCUUGCUCUCCCCAUGUGCAUAUUCAUUUGUCCCCUGGCUGCCCGGCUAAGUUGUCUGGGUCUGUCACUGACGUUAACACAAGCCACAAAGGGAAUAAUGCACCAAAGAGCCCAGGUCAAAAUACCAAGGUGAGUCUUGAGUUGAGUUAACAAGAAUAAUCUGACGCUCUCUGGCUGUUAAAAAUGAACUAAAAUGCCUGAAACUUUACAGUGUUUUAGAGGAUAACAGUUCUCUAAUGUGUUUUUUUUUUUCAAGAUAUCUGACAGACAAUAGCCCUGUGAAACGACACUGUGGAUUUGCCUAUAAUGUUGUUGAACUGGUUCAAGUAGAUUCCUCACUGCUUUGGGUUGACUGCUCAGGAGACAACGCUUUGACCUUUGCUGUCAUGUACAGAAUUAAGUGAAAGGUGGACUAAGUACAUUUAUAUUGAUGUUAUGCUAAAUUUAGAAUCUUUGACUUAU